UUGCAAAAUUCCCCUCCCGCCAAUUCCCCACUCACUUUCCCUCCUCUUCCCUGAACCGAACCAUUUUCCGGGAAAAUUUCCCCUAUUCCAAACCAGAUACCCCUUUGACGGAACCUAAUUUUCAAAUUUUCCGCUAAUUCGCUGCUAUUUCCGGAGGAUUCAGCGCCAAUUUCAUCGCUCUUCUUCGAUACGUUCAGUCUAUUGACCUCCUUGUCUAGGGUUUCGAACUUUUGACCUGCAAAUGCCUUCCAUAAUCUCUCCGGGGAAAAUCCUCCGCUUGGAGCUCGAGAACUUCAAGUCCUACAAGGGCCAACAGACAAUCGGUCCUUUCUACGACUUCACGGCGAUAAUUGGCCCCAAUGGCGCCGGGAAAUCCAACCUCAUGGACGCUAUCAGCUUCGUGCUCGGUGUACGGACGGGGCAGCUCCGUGGGGCCCAGUUGAAGGACCUGAUCUACGCUUACGACGACAAGGAGAAGGAACAGAGGGGCCGAAGGGCCUUCGUUCGCUUGGUUUACCAGCUUGCUAACGGGUCGGAGCUCCAGUUCACUCGGACCAUCACCAGCUCCGGCGGGAGCGAGUACAGAAUCGAUGGAACCCCCGUUACGUGGGACGAAUAUAAUGGGAGAUUGAGGUCGCUGGGAAUUCUCGUCAAGGCUCGGAAUUUUCUGGUUUUUCAGGGUGAUGUGGAGUCUAUUGCGUCAAAAAACCCGAAGGAACUCACUGUACUUCUUGAGCAGGUCUCAGGAUCUGAUGACUUGAAGAGAGAUUAUGAGAAAUAUGACGAAGAGAAAGCUAGAGCUGAAGAAAAAUCGGCGCUAGUUUAUUCGAAAAAGAGAACCAUUGUGUCGGAGAGGAAGCAAAAGAAAGAGCAAAAGGAAGAAGCAGAGAAACAUAUACGUUUACAAGAGCAACUG